AUGGUGGACGUCGCAAAUUUGUCUCACAAAUCUCGCUUGGAGAUGCCUGAUGCAGCGGUGACGGAGAGAGGUGGUUUUGGAUUCCCGUCAUCACCUAGUCGUUAUCGGAGAUCUACACUAGUUGCACUUUCGCUACCUGAUCCUCGACUUGCCAUCUCCGUGAGGAGAAGAUUCGCGUUGUUUUGUAAGGAGAAGAUCAGGUCUCGCACCUUCUUCUUCUUCUUUCCUCCUCUUCUUCUUGUUCUGAGUUGUGGUGGUGGUGGUGGUGAUUCCAAUUCCAUGGACCACUACAGCUCUUCUUCUUCUUCUUCUUCUUCUUCUUCUUCUGUGGAAGGGCAAGCGAUGGCCACCACCACCGACACAAAUUCCAAGGCAGCCGAAACGACGAUGUCCUCAAUCUCGGUUGUACGGCGGGCCCUAGUCCUCGUCCAAUCCGACGACCUUGAUUCGAAGCUGGAGGGCGCCAGAGAAAUCCGACGCCUCACCAAGACCUCUCAGAGGUGCCGUCGCUUGCUCUCCGACUCGGUCGUUCAACUCACCGCCAUGCUCCGAGUCCCUGACUCGCCCGAGGCCAACGAGUCCGCUCUCCUUGCUCUCCUCAACCUCGCUGUUCGGGACGAAAUGAACAAGGCCAAGAUUGUGGAAGCUGGUGCUUUAGAACCGAUAAUUAGUUUCCUCACAUCCGAGAAUUCAAAUCUACAGGAAUAUGCAACUGCUUCUUUACUUACUCUAUCUGCUUCCGCCAACAACAAGCCAAUCAUAGGUGCUUCCGGUGCGAUUCCCCUUCUUGUUCAAACCCUUAGACAUGGGAGCUCACAAGCCAAGAUUGAUGCUGUAAUGGCUCUUUCGAAUCUCUCGACAUAUCCCAACAACCUUAACGUCAUUCUUGAAAUGAAACCGAUUGCAUCUAUCGUUGAUUUGCUUAUAAGCUGUAAAAAGUCUUCAAAGACGGCUGAAAAGUGCUGUGCUUUGAUAGAAUCCCUGGUGGAGUUUGAUGAGGGCAGAACUGCCUUGACAUCCGAAGAUGGCGGAGUGCUUGCGGUAGUUGAAGUGCUAGAAAAUGGCCCCCUCCAGAGCCGGGAACAUGCUGUCGGCGCGCUACUAACGAUGUGUCAGAGUGACCGAUGUAGAUAUCGAGAACCAAUUCUUAAAGAAGGCGUGAUCCCUGGACUACUCGAGCUAACUGUGCAAGGAACGCCAAAGUCUCAGGCAAAAGCACAAACACUGCUGCGGUUGCUGAGGGACUCGCCAUACCCGAGAUCUGAACUGCAGCCAGACACUCUAGAAAACAUAGUGUGCAACAUAAUCUCGCAGAUCGAUGGAGAUGAGCAGUCAAGUAAAGCAAAGAAGAUGCUUGCUGACAUGGUGCAAGUUAGCAUGGAGCAAAGCUUGAGACAUCUACAGCGAAGGGCUCUGGUAUGCACAUCACCAUCUGAUCUGCCAAUCACUAGUAGUUGUGCUUCUGAAGUUUCUUCAAAGUGACUGUUUUGUUUUAUUAGCUUUGUCUUCCUUCUCUUACAUGUUGUUUUGUGAGAUAAAUGUCUUCUCUUAUAGUAGAAAUCCAGGACCCAAAAAAGAAGAAAGGAUAUCGAAAACAAAAAGGAUAUAUAGUGAAAGAAAUGCCAGUCCAGGCCUGUGUGGUGGUGUCGAGUGACUGGUAAUUGUCAAUAAAGUGGAAGUUGUAGGAGGUGGAAUAUGUUGUAUUACUUGGUUUGUAAAGAAACUGUUUGUAUCAAAUUGUGAAAAUUUAAUGAGGGUAGAUAUCCCCCCUCUUUCAUUAA